UGGCUGCUGUCUUUAUUCCUACUCCGCAGCUGAAGGUGAAGCGGUUCCAGACCUGCUUCUCGGUGUCGGUCCGACAUGUCAUCCAGUGGACUUUUGACCAUGCGCGCCCACGUCUGCAAACGCCUGGCUCACCUGUCAAGAACCUACACAACUCGGCCCUCGCUCAAUGAAGUCGUCAUCGUCAGCGCAGCCCGUACUCCGAUGGGCUCCUUCAAAGGCAGCCUGGCAGCGGUACCAGCCACCAAACUGGGAACUAUCGCUAUAAAAGGAGCCAUAGAGCAGGCAGGAAUCACUCCUGAAGAUGUGAAGGAAGUCUACAUGGGUAAUGUUCUCCAGGCCGGAGAAGGACAGGCCCCCACAAGACAAGCCCUGCUCGGAGCAGGCUUGACUCUCGGCACUCCAGCAACAACUAUUAACAAAGUCUGUGCCUCUGGGAUGAAGUCCAUCAUGAUGGCAGCUCAGAGUCUGAUGUGUGGACACCAGGACGUCAUGGUGGCGGGCGGCAUGGAGAGCAUGUCCAACGUACCCUAUGUAAUGGCCAGAGAAACUCCAUCUUAUGGAGGAGUGAGGAUGGAAGACCUGAUCGUCAAGGAUGGACUGACUGACGUCUACAACAAGUUCCACAUGGGCAACUGUGCAGAAAACACAGCCAAGAACUGCAGCAUCACCAGAGAGGAGCAGGACGCCUACGCCAUCGGAUCGUACAGUCGCAGCAAAGCAGCGUUCGAGUCCGGAGUCCUGGCCAAGGAGAUCGUACCUGUUAGCAUUCCCCAAAGAGGAAAACCUGACUUAGUUGUGUCUGAGGAUGAGGAGUGGCGGCGCGUCGACUUCAGCAAAGUCCCCAAACUGAGGGCGGUGUUCCAGAAAGAGAACGGCACAGUAACAGCAGCCAACGCCAGCACACUGAAUGACGGAGCUGCUGCUCUGGUUUUAAUGACGGCCGACGCUGCAAAGAGACUCAACGUCACUCCACUGGCCAGAGUCGUCUCUUUCGCAGACGCUGCCGUUGCACCCAUCGAUUUCCCCAUUGCUCCUGCUUACGCUGUUCCAAAGGUAUUGGAUGCUGCAGGGCUGAAGAAGGACGACAUCUCCAUGUGGGAGAUCAACGAGGCGUUCAGCGUGGUUGUUCUGGCAAACAUCAAGAUGCUGGACAUCGACCCCACCAAAGUGAACGUCAAUGGAGGAGCCGUGUCUCUGGGACACCCCAUCGGGAUGUCUGGGGCUCGCAUCGUGGGUCACAUGGUCCACAACCUGAAAUCGGGUCAGUACGGACUGGCCGGCAUCUGCAACGGAGGCGGAGGAGCCUCUUCCAUUCUUAUCCAGAAGUUGUAGGAAUGUCAUCCAGAACACUUUCCCUCCCUCAAACACUCUUUGUUAGACUGUGUGGUUACAACCUGACUCUUCCAAAAUGUUCAGACAUUGUAGCUGUGAAGAACCAAUCUGUGACACAUGUGAAGCUCGUGGCCUUAAUCAUCAGAAAAACAGGAAUUCACUCUAAUGACAUCAUGACUCCAGUGUUAAAGCACUCCUCUAUCUGAACGUUUAGUGCAAAAAAUGAAAUGAUAUUUAACUCUGAAUGGAAACCGCUGAUUAAAUAGUUUUUAUGAAACCACUGCAA